CCUCCUCCUCCUCCUCCUGCUCUCUCUCCUUCCCGGCCUCCCUCCCAUUUCCCAGCUCGAUCGCAACUCUGCACACACAAAAAGCAGCAACUGCAACCAGCCGCCCUUCUCUGCUGAGCAGCAAAGCGAGCGAAAAGUUGCUCCAGGUCGCGAAGAGAAACCGGACUUAUAAACCAGAGACUGAAUCUUUUCCUUGCAGAUCGCUCUUUCCCCCGUCUCUCCCUGCGAGGGGAAGGAGCGCGCGCACGUACGAACAGCUUCGAAGGAUUUUCCUCCCCCCGCUGCAUUUUUCCUUUUUUUAAAAAAAAUCUCCUUUUUUGCCAGCGGGUUUCUGGCAAGCAGGAGAAACUGACAGCUCUCUCUCCCCUUGCAUUGCAUUGCAUUGCAUUGCCGGCACCGUUAGGGCGAAGGAGAACGAAGAGCCGCGGCCCCUCGAGGGAGGGAGAGAGAGAGAGUGUGUGUCUCCGGCUCUGGCUGUCUCCGGGACUUGGCUUGGCUGCGGCGAAGCAGCGGAGAAAGUUUCUUCCGGGCUGGCUGGCAGCGCGGAGGGUUGGAGCGUGGAGUGAGCCGACGAGGCGGUGAGAUCCGUCCUCCUCCUCGUCGUCGCCGUCGCCGCCGUCGUGGUCCCCUCUCCUCUCUCCGGCGGGAGAGGAGGCUCUUCCCCCCGCGGAGCCCAGCGCGAUGGCUGGCGAGCUGAGCAUUGGCCCCGAGCUGCCCACCAGCCCCCUGGCCAUGGAGUACGUCAAUGACUUCGACCUGAUGAAAUUCGACGUGAAGAAGGAACCCCUGGGCCGAGCCGACCGCUCGGGCCGCCACUGCACGCGCCUGCAGCCCGCAGGCUCGGUGUCGUCCACCCCGAUCAGCACCCCCUGCAGCUCGGUGCCGUCGUCUCCCAGCUUCAGCCCCACCGAGCAGAAGACGCACCUGGAGGACCUCUACUGGAUGGCCAACAGCUACCAGCAGAUGAACCCCGAGACGCUCAACCUCACCCCGGAGGACGCGGUGGAAGCCCUCAUCGGUUCCCACCAGGUGCCCCAGCAGCUCCAGGGCUUCGAGAGCUUCCGGGCCGCUGCCGCUCACCACCACCACCAUCACCACCAGCAUCACCAUCACCAGUACACCGGGGUCCCCCACGAAGACCUGUCGGGCAACGGGCACCCUCACCAUCACCACCACCACCACCCUCACCAUCACCAGGCGUCGCCCACCCCUUCCAACGCCUCCAGCUCCUCCCAGCAGCUCCAGAACACUCACCAGCCUCACCCAUCGUCCUCGUCUUCGUCCUCCUCGUCCUCCAGCAGCGUGGAAGACCGGUUCUCCGACGACCAGCUGGUGUCCAUGUCCGUGCGGGAGCUCAACCGGCACCUGAGGGGCUUCACCAAGGACGAGGUGAUCCGCCUCAAGCAGAAGAGGAGGACCUUGAAGAACAGAGGCUAUGCCCAGUCUUGCAGGUACAAGCGGGUCCAGCAGAAGCAUCACCUGGAGAACGAGAAGACCCAGCUCAUCCAACAGGUGGAACAGCUCAAGCAAGAGGUCAACCGGCUGGCCAGAGAAAGAGACGCCUACAAGCUCAAGUGCGAGAAACUGGCCAGCAAUGGCUUCCGAGAGGCCGGAUCCACCAGUGACAACCCGUCUUCUCCCGAGUUCUUCAUUACCAUGCUGUAAAGCACUGUGCAAGAAAACCUCACAACACACUCUCAACAGCCUCAUGAGGAUGGGGAAACUUGCUGAAGGCCAUCCAGUGAAACCAUCGCUGAGUUGGGGAGAGUGUUUUGGAUGAACUUGGCCCAUGGGAUUGCACUAAUUUCCUCUUUAAAGCAUGUGGCUAUUAGGACUCUAUUAGUGCCCUGCACAACAUGGUGACCAAGAACCAGGAGAAGACGCUAAAUGGAUUGCAAACCUACUUGAAGAGCACGAUGAAAAGUGGCUGAAUCAUUAGCCGUGUCUUCCUCACUUUGGAUCCUUCUCCCA